UCCCGGUUCGUGGCCCGGGCCCGUCGCCGCUUCGCCAUGACCCGCGAGUGCGCCGUGCUGCUGCCCGGUGUCUGCGCCGCCCUGGCCGACCCGCGGCAGCCCGGCCUCGACGACACCUGCCUGGAGAAGCUGCUGGACUGGUUCCGCAGCCUGACGUGGUUCGAUGGGACUGUGGAGCUGGUGCAGGAUAACCCGUGUCUGACAGAGCUCAUCAGCUCCGUGCUGGCCCUGGCAGAUCCCAGCCCCGGCAUCCUGGCCUUCACCCUGCAGCUGGCCGGGAUCCUCGCCUCCUCCGAGAGCCGCUUCCAGCACCUGCAGGUGAGUCGGCCAGCCAGGUACCUGCUGCUCAAGAGGAGGUUUCACUACAGUAUUGAUACUCUUGACUUGGCGUGGGAGGACGCGUUGGUGCGCAGCGCCUGGCUGAAGGGUGUGCACAGCAUGCUGCACCACCAGCCUGCCCUGCACUUCCUCUGCUCCACGGGAGGCAUGGAUGUGAUCUUCACUCUGCAAGGUGAUCCCAGCCUGUUUGUGGCUUCAGCUGCCAGCCAGCUCCUGGUGCACAUGUUCACCUUCUCCCUGGAGUCUGAAACCCCGAAAGCUCUCAGUACAAAGGACUGUGAGUGGCCAGCGUGUGCCCAGAUGAUUGUCAAGCACAUAGAAGAGUCACUUCAGUCCAGCUCUGCCUCUCACAUUGAGCAGUCCCUGAAACUGUUGAGCAGUUUGUUUGGCAGUUGUUUUGGCAGUUGUUAUGCUUCAUGGACUGAAGUCCUUUGGUUAGACAUAGCAAAGCAAAUAGAAUCCUUUCUGCUGGAGGAGACUGUUCAAGCACAGCCUGUGCUGGCGGAUCUUUUGCUUAACGUUGCACGGUCCCCUGUGUUUUGUGGCACUGAAGGCAGCUUUUGGGCAUUAGUAACUUCUGCUCUGGAACACUUAACCCCAGUACAAGCAGGUCCUCUGGCAGUGGGACUUUUGAAGCUCUGCAAAUGCCCACAAGAUGUCAGAAUUCAGGCACUGACUGUUCUGCUUCAGCCAAUGGACUGUAUUUUGAGAGCAGCCUCCCAGCCUCUGGAAUGUGCAGGUUUGCUGGAUGAGUCUGUCAGUGAUCCUGUCACUGUUGAAAGUCUUCUGUCCUCCAAGACAUCUUGUGCUGGUCUCCUGUGUCAGACCUUGGCUCACCUGGAGAAGCUGCUGUCUCUGAAACAUUUAAGAGUGGAUUUACCCUGUGUGUCUUUGCUGCGCUCUCUCAUGACAAUAUUGCAAUUCUGCAAUGGCUUCCUGAGCCCAACUUCUCCUCUGGGAAGCAAAAUAAGCCGGAAUUUGGUCAAUUGCUUCAGAGUGCAGAAGUCAGCUCUUGAUGUCCUUGCAGCACUCUCAGAGAAAAAAGACUGUGACACACUCAUAGGAAGUCUGUUUGAUGUCCUUCUAGCAUAUCUGCAGAGUCCAAACACCUGCCCUACUGUUCUAAAGAAAACCUUUCAAGCUACAUCCAAGUGGUUGGUGCACUUACAGGAACUGUCCUGCUCCAACAGUCAGUGGCAACAAACUGAGAAGAUUUUGGAAGAUGUGUUUGUGGUGCUCCAGAAACGUUUGUGCAGUCCUUGCUGGGAAGUAAGAGAUUCUUCCCUGGAAUUCCUCACUGCCAUGGUUAAGUGUUUGAGAGACCAGAAGGAGUUCAGGCAGUGUCUCCUGUCCUCAGAGGUGCUGAGGCUCACAGAAAACCUGCUGGAGGACCCGGAGAGCUACGUGCGAGCGAGCGCCGUGACUGCGGUGGGACACCUGGCCCUCGUUACUUGCUUUGCUCCAGAGUCACCUGCCAUAGGCAAUCAAUAUAACAAAGAGGGCAUUGUAGCAAAGCUUCAGGAAAUCUUGUCAACAGACUCAGAGGGUUUUCCUCGAAGGGCUGUGAUCAGCAUGUUCACCAAGUGGCUGAGAGAAGGCUGCACAGGUCAGCUGGAAGAUACAGAGCAGUUUGUCUCUAGAGUCAUCCAGACUGUGGAGCAUGACCUAGACUGGGAAGUCAGACUUGGUGGUUUGGAGCUGGUUGAACUUUUCUGUAGUCAGACCAUUUGCCAGCUUUCCCAGUGUCCCUAUGCUCCUGUCUCCUCUGCAGUCACAAGUUCCACCCCGCAGAACGAGCUGCUGCAGGUGUUUUGUCGAGCAAAGCUGUUUGGGUUUUUGUUUGGAUCUUUGUGUGACUGUGACAAACCCGUGGGGCAGAGAGCCUGUGAUGUGCUGGUUGGCUUGAGAGGUCAUUUCUACCCCACGAGUACUUUGGAGAAUCCACAAGAGAUUGAAGAUUCACCUGCAGGACGUGGCAUUGCCUGGUUACAGAGGACACUAAGACAGGGUUCUCUGGCUCAGAACUUCCCCACAGAUGGUGGUGAUGGGGUGGAUUUCCAAGAUCCAGAGAGCAUGAUGUUAGCUCUGGGUGCAAUAGACUUACUGGAGCUGCAUGAUGAGCUAAAUAAAAGUAGUGACCAUGUGGAGGAAAGCCCUCAAUCCCUCUUACAGGACAUCCUUGCUGCUGUAAGGACCAUAGAGGAUAAUGAAGUUGACUGUUACUGAACAGGUUUUGCUCUGAGGGAGCAGUGUCUAAGCAGUUUUCUUCUGGAGGAGAAGGAUGGUUUUGUUAGCUGUUAAAUGGGUUAGAAAACCUUUGCUUUAAUACUGGUGAAUUUUUUUUUUGUUAAAAAGUGUCAUUUCCAAUAAACUGUUGUUUCUUUUUCAAAGUAAAAAACA